CGGUAUCUCUUUACUUCUCAAUCUAUCGUCUUACUGUCUUCACCAGACGCGCUCUCUUGACGCAAGCGCAGAACACCACACAGGUUCGAACGCUUUCGAUAUGCAUUAGGAAAGGCCGGCUGCCGUGGGGCUCCCCCUGCUGGGUCGCUCGCCGCCGGCCGCUCCUUCCCAAAAGUUCUUGAUGGAAGGCACGAUGCUUGGCUCCCACCCGCUUUCUAUCGGCAACGCGUUGGUACAAACGCGGACCUGCCCGCGCUUCACACCUUCUGUACACAUUCAAACACUCGUUUUGUACGCUCAUUGCGAUUGCUCACACGCCAAAGCAAACCCUAUCGCCAUGCCGUCCCUCUACGGCUCGGGCGUGCGCAUUCACUUGGCAUCACAGCCGCUCGCACCUACCCUGACCGAGCACAUUCAGCUGAAGAAGGGCUAUCAUGCGGCUUCCAAAAGCGAACAAGCAGAGAAGGCACUGCGAGAGAGCGUGCAUACGUUGCUUCCCGAGGAGAGAGUGCCAUUUCCCGGGGACGACGGCAAAUAUGCGGUCAAUUGGCUUGGUGAUGCGCCAUUUUUGCAAGCUGUUGUCGGAGAGUCUUAUGGCAGGCGGGGGCAACUCGAGACUCUGAAGCAGAGGCUUGCUUCGAGCAAUACAUACGCUGCACUCGAUAUCAACAGCAGACGCUCGUCACAGGCCAUGGCUACGAGGAGUGGUUGCCUGAUAUCUGCCGAUGCUGAGAACGAGGAGAGCAGCUCAAUCAACCAAUUUCCAACGCAUGGCUUACCAAUUGCACCAUCCCCAUAUACUCUGUCUACCAACCGCCAAGAGCCCCAGGCGCUCGUUCUGCAUGUCAUGCUUAGCGACAAGACCUUCCACCACAACCCGUUCAACAGCAACCCACAGCACCUCAAGAUUGAUGUGCUGUUCAACGGCCAGUUGUCCAGCUCUACCCUCAUACAUACGCAAGAUAUUCGGACCGGCGCCAAGUCCCUCAAUCAGAUCUUUGCCGGUGCGCGCAUUGACUACAUGGCAGAGCGACCGUGGAUCAUACAUACGUCCCAGUCCGGUGCUGCUUCGGGAAAUACCACAAGUGCCCAAUUUCGCUGGACAGAGAUCCGGCAAGCCUUGAAGGGUGAAGCCAACGAACGAGGAGUCGAUGUAAACGGCGAGAAGUCACCAACAGCAAGUUAUCUACAGGAGCUCGCAAACAUGCAAAUGCCGGACAUGGUUGGAGACCUUCAGAAGCCCAGUGGGAUGAAGUUCGGCGUCAUCGACGUGAUCAUCACAGUGGGAACUGGAAAGAAAUCCGUCAAUAACGCCGUGUACUUGAAGUCACCAACGCGAUUGUCCGAUGACCGAUUCUGUUAUGAAGUGAAUGAGGAUGCUGGCUCUGGGCCAUGCCAAACCCAUGCGCCUAUAUCUGGACCACAUUCGCUCGAUAGCGAUGAUCAAGACGCAGAGGGUGAUUCUGAUCAUGAGGGCCCUGUGUUGACCCAGGACACCAUCUACUAUGGCCUACCGACCCCUUCUAGCCAGAACCUUCCACUCCCGACGCCACAACCAGCUUUACCGUGGCGCAACCCUUUCACUGGUUCUCCGAUCAGGCCGUUGGCGGCACUCGCACCUCGGACCUCUUGCGUUCGCAGUAAUUUGUCCCUCCCCGGAGCGAGUGGACCACCACAGAUACGUGGAUCCCAAGGUGCUGCUGACUUACAGGGCGCGGUGACACGCCAGAUGCCACCUCCACGAAUAUCAUACCCAUCCGCUCACGGCCCGGCGAUUCCCCCGCGUAGCUCGUACGCACCUUCGGUACCAUAUUCAGGAUUCAAUGUGAAUCAAUAUGACGGCAUCGAACAUGCCAAUCCGUACCAGUUGCCUUACGACGGCGUGAUGGCUGAGCUGGAUUUUGCGAAUUUCGACGGCCACGCAUCUUCCCCUCUCAGACAUGGCUCCGAUGGCCAAAUCACACUCCCUUCGUUCAUCCCAAUGCCCGAGGAAGUUACCCCGAGCCCUACCAGCGCCAGUGUCUUUUCGAGUCCUUAUUUUCAGCCAAGCGUACUUCCAAGCCAAGGGUCUGGCGCCGUCUUUUCCUCGGACAGUUCGACCCCGUACGGCUCAAUGAGCCACGGCACAUUUCACCCCGGUGCGAUGUUUUACCCAAGUAUUUCUCCAGGCUAUACUUUGAAUGGGACGUCUCGAUCUCCUUUAGGGCCACUGGGGGUCAUUCCUCGUCCAAUAAGCCCAUAUGCAUCUAUUCCGUAUAUGCCACCGCUUAGGGUGCCUUCGAACGGUCCGCCGCCUCCUGUGGCUUUAUUCAAAGUCACUGAGAAGCCGAAGAUACCUCCGACCGAGUUGAAAUUAAUCGGCCGAGUUCCGAUCAGACCUGACAUUUCUUUGCGCCGUCUGGUGAUCCGUCUGGGCCCUCGCGUCGUUGUCUCUCAUCAUUUCACGGCACAACGUCUACUUCCUGCGAACGCUCGGCUGAUUGGAUCAAACAACCUGCCGUGCGGCGUCGUCCGAACGAAGCAGCUGCUGGGAUGGAGACUCGGUCGGCAGCAUCGACGAAUGCAAUGAUCGAUCCAACAGAAACCACGAGCUCGAAUAAGACUAAGAGAUACUCCAUCCAAGACAGUCUCACGAAUGCUGAUGCGUCCACCGCGACAGUUAAGAUCCCAGCUGCAGCUGCCAAUGGGCCCGAAUCCGCUUCCGCUGUCGCAAAGACAUCAAUUCCGACAAGAACUGCCUCUGGUCAAUACGUGUA